GUCGUGCAGGAAGAGCUGGAUGCCCUCCUGCAGCAGCAAAGCACUAUAGAGAACAAGAUGGUUGCACUUCAUCGCAUGGGCCCUAACUUGCAGCUCAUCGAGGGAGAUGCCCAGCAGCUGGCAGGGAUGAUCACCUUCACCUGUAACCUGGCCGAGAAUGUUAGCAGUAAAGUCCGCCAACUCGACCUGGCCAAGAAUCGACUCUAUCAGGCCAUUCAGAGAGCUGAUGACAUCCUUGACCUGAAGUUCUGCAUGGAUGGAGUUCAGACAGCACUGCGAAAUGAAGAUUAUGAACAAGCAGCAGCUCAUAUCCAUCGUUAUCUGUCUCUGGACAAAUCAGUGAUUGAGCUCAGUCGUCAGGGCAAGGAAGGGGGCAUAAUUGAUGCCAACCUGAAGCUCCUGCAGGAAGCAGAACAGCGCCUGAAGACAAUUGUCACAGAGAAGUUCAACACAGCUAUGAAGCAGGGAGACCUGCCCCAGGUGGAACGGUUCUUCAAGAUCUUUCCUUUGCUAGGCUUACACGAAGAGGGGCUGAGCAAGUUCUCGGAGUACCUCUGUAAGCAGGUGGCCAACAAAACAGAAGAGAACCUACAGCUGGCGAUGGGGACGGACAUGAGUGACCGUCGAGCUGCUGUCAUCUUUGCGGACACGCUGACACUUCUCUUUGAAGGGAUUGCUCGCAUUGUGGAGACCCACCAGCCCAUUGUGGAGACCUACUAUGGGCCAGGGAGGCUGUACACCCUCAUCAAGCACCUGCAAGUGGAGUGCGACAGGCAGGUUGAGAAAGUGGUGGACAAGUUCAUCAAAGAGAGGGACUAUCACAGGCAGUUCCAGCAAGUUCAGAAUAGCAUGAUGAGAAGUUCUUCUGCAGAGAAGAUUGAACCAAGGGAACUCGACCCUAUUUUAACAGAAGUCACUCUGAUGAACUCCCGCAGUGAGCUCUACUUGAGGUUCAUCAAGAGACGAAUAAUAGCCGAUUUUGAGGUGGGAGACUCCAUGGCCUCAGAGGAGGUAAAGCAAGGUAACACCUUGAAUACCAAUGCUUGCAGGCUUCAUUCUCCUUGCAGCCAGCAGUGGAGAUAG